AUGAUGUCACAACAGAUUCAUGUUCCUCCGCAGCAAGAAACGCCUAUGAGACAACGGGGAGUUUAUAGCAUUGAUCAGAUAUUAGGAACAGCCGCUAAAUACAACAGGCAUAGUGACGUUUUUUUGGAAAUUAUUGUGAAAGACUUGACAAUUCAAGAUGAUGUCACAACAGAUUCAUGUUCCUCCGCAGCAAGAACGCCUAUGAGACAACGGGGAGUUUAUAGCAUUGAUCAGAUAUUAGGAACAGCCGCUAAAUACAACAGGCAUAGUGACGAUGUUUCAGACAGCUUUCUGGUUUCCAACAAAACAACAGAAGGCAGCGUCUCUGAUUGCGAACCAGAAGUAUGUUUAGACGACAGCGAAUCUCCAAACCGAGUAGAUUCACCCAUGGAUCAUGGUCUCAUGCCAGGAUCUGGUGGAAACGGUGGUUUAUCAUCAACUACUGGCGGACAUGGAUCUAAUUCGCAUCAAGAUUGCGGUAGUUCAGAUCAUGGUGAUAUGAUGGAUGGACCUGGUGGAAGACCGAGGAAGGUCAGACGGUCUAGGACUACAUUCACCACGUACCAGCUGCAUCAAUUGGAAAGGGCUUUUGAGAAAACGCAAUACCCUGAUGUGUUUACAAGAGAAGAGCUGGCUAUGAGACUGGAUUUGAGCGAAGCUCGCGUACAGGUUUGGUUUCAAAACAGACGAGCAAAAUGGAGGAAACGUGAAAAAGCUAUGGGACGAGAUGGAGUUGGUUUCAUGCAUUCUGAUCAAGGAGUCCCAGAAUUCGCACUCCACGGCCACCUCUCCGAUCCGUUCUGGCCAGGCUUAGGAUUCCCAGGAAUUUUUCCGUCACCAGGUUCCGUACCCCUCGGUCUACCAUGUCUACCAGGGUUACCACACAAGCUCCAGCCUCAUGCCGUUUCCGUACCAUCAUUUCACGCUUUAUUAAGCCGAUGCAUGCUGGCAGGAUUACCAUUCCCGCCUCCUACGAGCGCUGCAGGAGCUUCCACAGGUCCUCAACAACAGCAAUUACAAAUGCAAUUGCAGCAACAAUUGCAACAGCAAUUGCAGCUUCAAGCUACCGCAGAAGAAGAAGCUGAUCCUUCGAGACGCGGAAGUGCGGAUGCUUUAAGGCUCAGGGCGCAAGAACAUAUUAUGUUGGGGCAGCAUAUUGUGGUUCCCAGCCCGAAAGGACAAUUGCAUACUGGGUCGUAG